AUGGUUAAAGCUUUAGUCUUCCUGAGCUUCUUCCUGGCUGCCAGGGCAGCGGUAGACCCCGACCUGGUCGGCACCUGGUCAACGAAAUCGCGCCAGGUUAUCACAGGACCGGGAUUUUAUGAUCCUGUAAAUGAGAAGUUCACGGAACCGUCGCACACAGGCAUAUCUUACUCGUUUACAGAGGAUGGAUACUACGAGGAGGCUUACUAUCGCGCGGUCGCCAACCCAAGUUCGCCCGAUUGCCCCCAAGGCAUCAUUCAGUGGCAGCACGGAACAUACUCGAAGGAGCCUAAUGGAUCCCUGGUCUUAACGCCCUUUGCCGUGGAUGGACGUCAACUUCUAUCGAAUCCAUGUGCUAGUGAUCUGUCAGCGUAUACCAGAUACAACCAGUCAGAAUUGUUCAAGCAAUACGAGAUACAGACUGAUAAAUUCCACAAUGUUCUCCGCCUGAACUUGUACCAAUUCGAUGGUACGCCGGUCAUUCCGAUGUACUUGGUCUAUAGACCACCGCAAAUGCUCCCAACACAGACACUGAACCCUAUCGCCCAAAAAACUGGUUCCGCCAGAAAGGCGAAGAGAGACCUUAUCGAUGAAGAGACUAUUGAGCCGUUGAACAAGCAUGCGUUUGUGAAGCGAUCAGAACCUGAAGCGAUUGAUAAGUGGUGGUGGUUUGGGCUCUUUAUGACCUCAGCUGGCGGCCUGGCCCUGCUCCUGAAGUGA